AUGCAGAAUGCCUCAUAUCCUCCCCCGCCCGCAUCCCAUCUAGCAGCGCAGACCCCUUCACCUCCUCCCAUCCAGCAACCUACCGCUCAACGACCAUUCAACUACUCUACUAUCCCUGCCUCCGCACCUGCUUACAAAACCACCUUCGAUCAUGCCUCAAUUCACAAUCGACAGCCUUCGUACAAUGGCCCGACAACCUCUAUCGACGAAGCUGACGAAAAGGUCACGUCCCCUCGUCUACAGAAACUUACCAAGGAGAUGGCCAACGUAAUGAAAGUGCCGGAAGGGCCCACACUUGUCGGGGUUCCUCAGGGAGGGCAAUUCGUGGGUGUCCAAGCUACGACACAGGACGACGUGGGGACAUUCAACGGCGGCUCGUACCGUAUCUCACACCGCGACACAAAUUCCCUCUUGACCAUACAGUUGGCCAUGGGGUGCCCCAUUACAGCGAAACCGGGAGUCAUGAUCGCAAUGAGCCCUUCAGUGAUGUUGAAAGGAAAUAUCAAGUUCAGCGUCAAGAAAUUGUUGAUUGGCGGAGAAAUGGCACAUUCGACAUUUACCGGGCCUGGGGAGGUGUUACUCGCGCCGAGUACACUGGGGGACAUUUCGAUCCUGCGACUCGCGGGGCACGAGACGUGGAGCGUCGGGCGCGAUGCGUUUCUAGCCUGCACGCAGGGAGUGGUGAAAGAGUAUAAAAGUCAGUCAAUCAGCAAAGCCAUGUUCUCCGGCGAGGGUCUCUUUGUCUACAAGAUUUCCGGCAUUGGCAUCCUGUGGAUGUCGACCUUUGGAGCGGUGCUGAAGAAAGAUCUCGUCGACGGCGAAAAGUACAUCAUCGACAACGGCCACCUCGUCGCCUGGAACUGCAAGUACGUCCUCGAACGCGUCGCCUCCGGAGGUAUCAUCUCCGGCAUCAGCUCCGGCGAAGGCUUGAUAUGUAAGUUCACAGGUCCCGGGACGGUCUACAUGCAGACACGGAACCAAGCUGCCUUUGCGGCGUACAUGAGUGGGAGCUCGCACAAGGACGUAUGA